UUCUCACGCUUCGGAGGGGACGAGAAGGCGCCAGUUCUUAAGCAGGUAUCGACCAAACGGAGGGCUGGGCUGCAGGUUUGGGGGCGCAGGACGCUUUGAAAGGCUCUUCCAGAACUGUGAAUGUACCAGAGAGUGAAAUCAGCACUGGAUCCACAGCCCUUGAACUUGGACGACGUUGGCUGUUGUUGGAAACAGCCUCCUAGAACGUGGACAUAUUCUGCAAACGGCUCCUUGCAUCACCCCGCCCCCGGCAGAGACACGGUUCCCCAGGGCUAACAGAACAGCAUGUCCCAAGCCACAAAACGCAAGCAUGUGGUGAAAGAAGUCCUAGAAGAGUAUGUGGUGCCUUCAGAGAGGCAGCAGAUCGUCCGGGUGGUGGGGACCCCUGGCAACAAUCUCCAUGAGGUGGAGACAUCUGAAGGAACGCGGUUCCUUGUGAGCAUGCCCACGAAAUUCCGCAAGAAUAUCUGGAUCAAGAGAGGUGACUUCCUGCUGGUAGAUCCCAUAGAAGAAGGGGAGAAAGUGAAAGCCGAGAUUAGUUUUGUCCUCUACAAGGACCAUGUUCGCUACCUGAAAAAGGAAGGAUACUGGCCUGAGGCCUUCUUGGGUGGUGUGGCAGGAGCUCAGAGCAGUGCUAAAGACAGCAGGGAUGGGCCACAAAGCCCACCACGUUCUGCGGGGGAGGAAGACUCCGAGGACGAUGAUGCAGACUUGUUUGUGAAUACAAACAGGGUGAACUACAACUACCUGGAGAGUGAAGACAGCAGUGACUCGGAUGAGGAGGAGAAGUGACAGGUCAAGCCAGCCUGGGGGCUUCCAUAACUUUGCUCAGAGAAAAGGGGCAUUGCCUCAAACCCCACCCUCUUGUCUGAUGGGGUUAGCUGUUUGUCCCCUUUUUCUGGAGGGGAGCUUGUACUUACAGGAGCAUUUUGGAGCUGCUGUAUUGCAGGCAACAACAACAACCAAAAAUUUGCUCAGCCUGUUAGCAGCAGCUAUAGCUCAUUCCUUGAGGAACUUUGACCCUGUCUUGACCAGAUGCCUCUACUGUAUUCCAGGCCUCUUUCCCUUUCUCCCUUUGCCUUAUUUAAUACAAUGUGUACGUCCCAAACCCAGACACUGCCUGCCAUGCCAGAUAGCAGUUUUGCAAUAGGUCACAAGCUUCAAGAUACAUUGAUCAUUUUGAAGUGGCACUCCUUUCUUCCAAAAGUGGGCCGGCCUACAUUAAGAGAUGGUCAGCACACAAUGGGAGCAUCCAAGAGCAAGUCGUAUUUAGUAGGCAGGUGCUGAAUUAGAUGGUAUUGGGGAUGAUCUCAGUGCUUUCUAUCCAAAUUCUCUGCACCAAAGCCAUUCCUCAAAUGGCUCAAAUCACCUUGCCUUCUAUUUCUCCUCCUUCACAUUUGCUAGAUUUGGCUCUUGAGAGGCAAGGGACACCCACAGUGAGGGACAACUUCUCUUUUGUAUUAUAAUAUUCAACAAGUGUUUCAAUAAACUUUAAAGAGAGA